CCUCCUCCCGCCCCCACCCGCCCGCGCUGGGCACUCAGGCCGCGCUGAGCCGGGCGCCGGGUGCCCGAGGCCGGGGAGCCAGGGGUCCCCGGGGGUGACCCCCGAGAAGGGUGCGCAGGCCCGGUGCGCCCGAGGGCCAGGAGCCCUCCCAGGGCCGUCCGGGCGGGGCGCCCUCCCCGGGGCCGGGGCCAUGCCGCCUGGCGCCCGCUGAGCCCCCGCCAUGGCCCGCUCGCUGGCCUGGGGCUGCUGCCCCUGGUGCCUGACCGAGGAUGAGAAGGCGGCGGCCCGGAUCGACCAGGAGAUCAACAAGCUCCUCCUGGAGCAGAAGAAGAGGGACCGCGGCGAGCUGAAGCUGCUGCUCCUGGGUGAGCCGGCGGCCGGGGCUGCAGGGGCCGGGGCCCCACGGGGACGGGCCGGGGGAGCCUGGGAACCCGCUUCGGGCCAGGCAGCUGAGGCCCAGAGAGAUCCAGGCCCUCGCCCCAAGACCAGGAGCCUGGGGCUGGAGAAGUUCCGGAACCCUCAGCGCCUUCAGGACAGUCAUGGGCUGCAAAGAGGGGCUGCCACCCAGCGGGAUUUUCAGACUUCGGGCUGCGACCCGUUCAUGAGUCACAAAAGCCACGCGGCAUCAAUCAGAACUGCCGUGCCUGCACGCGCGUCCCUCGCUGUCCCUCCGCCCUCCAUCCGGGUACCAACGCGGCACCACGCCAGUCUGGUCAUGAGCCAGGACCCCUACAAAGUGACGGCUUUCGAGAAGCGCUACGCCGUGGCCAUGCAGUGGCUGUGGAGGGACGCCGGCAUCCGGGCCUGCUAUGAGCGUCGCCGGGAGUUCCACCUGCUCGACUCGGCCGUGUACUACCUGUCGCACCUGGAGCGCAUCACUGAGGAGGACUACGUCCCCACAGCACAGGACGUGCUCCGAAGUCGCAUGCCCACCACCGGCAUCAACGAGUACUGCUUCUCUGUGCAGAAGACCAACCUGCGGAUCGUGGACGUCGGGGGCCAGAGGUCAGAACGCAAGAAGUGGAUCCACUGCUUUGAGAAUGUGAUUGCCCUCAUCUACCUGGCCUCCCUCAGCGAGUACGACCAGUGCCUGGAGGAGAACAACAGAGAGAACCGAAUGAAGGAGAGCCUGGCCCUGUUUGGGACCAUCCUGGAACUGCCCUGGUUCAAAAGCACGUCUGUCAUCCUCUUCCUCAACAAGACUGACAUCCUGGAGGAGAAGAUCUCCACCUCCCACUUGGCCACCUACUUCCCCAGUUUCCAGGGCCCGAAGCAGGACGUGGAGGCGGCCAAGAAGUUCAUCCUGGACAUGUACACCAGAAUGUACGCCAGCUGCGUGGACAGCGCCGACGGGGCCCGGAAAGGUCCACGCUCCCGGCGACUCUUCAGCCACUACACGUGCGCCACGGACACACAGAACAUCCGCAAGGUCUUCAAGGACGUGCGGGACUCGGUCCUGGCCCGCUACCUGGACGAGAUCAACCUGCUGUGACCCAGGCCCCGCUGCCCCCGGGCUCCGACCCGCACGUGGGGGGGGAGGUCUGUGGACUGGUGCUCAGUGACCGCAGAUGCCCUUUGUCGCUCGGUCCCAGGUCCUGGGAGCGGAAGGACUGUGAGUCCGUCAGAGGCUGAAGGCCAGGUGUCACCCCCUCCUUUGUCUGCCCCUCACUGGGACAGCCCCUGAGUCAGCCCCUGGGUUGACUCAGUUUACCUCCUCGGAAAGGGAGCACAAGGGCCACUUGGGAUGACAGGGUGGAGGAAGAGGUGGGGAGAACGGAGGACCUGGCCCGCCCUGGGCAGAGGCUGGGACCCCCACGGAGGUGCUGCCCCAGCCCCGAAGCGGGGCAGCGGUCAUUCCAUCCCAGGGACCGGGCUCUGGCGCCCCCUAGCGGACAGGAGGUGGCACCGACCAGCUGCAGGCCCGGGUGGCGCAGGGGCCUCCCAGCUCCGGAAUGGAAGAAAAGACCCCGAAAACCCUGUCCCUUUCACGGCCUGGGGCUCACAGUGCGUCCUGCCCCGUUCACAGACGAGGGAAACCGAGGCCCAUAGGCAUCACCCUGGGGGCCGGGCGCGCUGCGUCUUCCAUCCCUUCUGUAUUUAUUCCCUCCCCUUCUGUGGGGCCCCUUGCAGGACAUUAAAGAAACGACACUCUGGACACCUG